AUGGUCAUCAGUGCCUCUUGGACUGUCCACCUGUCAUCGUGGCAGACAUUCAUACUACCCAGGAAUCUAAAGACAUGGGUCCUUUCUGAUUACAGUAUUCUUCCUAGACUUUCUCAUAUACAGCCAGUAUUUGAUAGGAGUGGUCGAGGAUUUUUGAAUCUGGAUGAACUGGGAUGUCUUCUGCAUCAUAAGGGUGCAUCUUUACCUGUUUCCCAAUUAAGAAGACUUUUCGACGAAGCAGACGCGGAUAAUGACGGUCGCCUCUCUUUCGCAGAGUUUGUUCACAUGUGGCAUCAGGCUGCAGCUCACGAAGACGAUUUUUUAUCUGCCACCGAAUGUCGUGAUUUAGUCGACAUCGUCAGAACGUACGAUUUGCACCCGCGUGUUUUUUGCCACCACUGCGACUUUGACCACGACAUUGUCGAAGUGGACGAAAUUCAACGCUUGACAAAUCAAGAGAUGGCAGACGAUCCAUCCGGAUGCAGCUGCGGCAGUGGUAGCAUAAUCGAACCAUUUGUUCAACCCAGCGUUACUACGGGUUCAGAAGAAAAGGAAAAACAUUUCGUGUUCUCUAGCAAUCGCAGUUCUUUGAGCCCGUCGGAUUACAAAUAUCAAUAA